AUGGAGAAUGCCCUUCCAGCGGGGCCUGUGACUGAUGAGGAUAUCUCUUUCUUGAAUCGAGUUCUUCGAGAAGAUCACGGCGAAUCAGUCAUAUCAACGGAAACUCUUAUGAGAGAGGAAGUUACCAACCUAAGAGAGGAAUCUGCUCAACUACAACGCGAACUUCAGAAACACAUCCGGACGAAUUCAGCGUUUCAGGAGGAGCUGCGGCAGAUAGGGAGAAUUAUUACCUGCGUCGCGAAUGGAGAUCUUUCAAAGAGAGCGUCUAUUCAGGAGUCGGAGACCAACACCGACAUCCGUCUAUUUAAGGACACGAUAAAUACUAUGAUGGAUCAGCUACAGCUUUUUGGCAACGAGGUAUCCAAGGUCGCGAGAGAAGUAGGAACUGAAGGUAUUCUGGGUGGUCAGGCUCAAAUCCCUGGCGUCCAAGGCAUCUGGAGGGAAAUAACCGAGAAUGUCAACGUCAUGGCAUCGAAUUUGACUCUUCAGGUACGCGAAAUCGCCACUGUCACGACCGCUGUUGCGCAUGGAGAUCUCAGUCAGAAAAUCGAGAGACGGGCGAAAGGGGAGAUUUUCCAGCUUCAGCAGACAAUCAAUACUAUGGUGGAGCAGCUUCGAGCGUUCGCAACUGAAGUGAAUCGGGUGGCCCAUGAUGUCGGCGCUGAAGGUAUCCUUGGCGGCCAGGCAAAGAUCAUCGGCGUGGAGGGCAUUUGGAACGAAUUAACAAUUAACGUGAAUGCGAUGGCCAACAAUUUGACUGCUCAAGUGAGGGAUAUAACCACUGUUACAACAGCUGUCGCAACAGGAGACCUUACGCGGAAGGUGCAAGCGGAGUGCAAAGGCGAGAUCCUACUUCUAAAGAAUAUCAUCAAUUCGAUGGUUGACCAGUUGAGGACAUUCGCGCAGGAAGUCACUAAGAUCGCAAAGGAGGUAGGGACGGAUGGUGUUCUUGGCGGCCAAGCUGUCGUCCACGGCGUGGAAGGAACGUGGAAACACCUAACAGACAAUGUUAAUGGCAUGGCCAUGAACCUUACUACCCAAGUUAGGGAGAUCGCUGAUGUCACCACUGCCGUUGCGAGAGGCGAUCUCACGAGGAAAGUGACGGCGGAUGUACAGGGAGAGAUACUGGAUCUUAAAGACACGAUCAACGGAAUGGUUGAUCGACUCAACAGAUUUGCUUCGGAAGUGAGCCGGGUAGCGCGCGAAGCACGUGUCGAAAAUGUGGAAGGGCUAUGGAGAGACGUUACGGACAAUGUCAAUACGAUGGCACAUAACUUGACUUCGCAAGUUCGAGCAAUAUCGAACGUUACCCAAGCAAUUGCGCGAGGCGACCUAAGCACUAAAAUCGAAGUACACGCCCAGGGUGAGAUUCUCACGUUGAAGGAAACGAUAAAUGACAUGGUUGAUGGCUUGGAUCAAUUCGCGAAGGAACUCAAGCGAGUCGCUCGCGAUGUGGGGGUUGAAGGGAAGAUGGGAGGCCAAGCAAACGUGAACGGAAUACGUGGGCUAUGGAAGGAAAUCACAGAAGACGUCAACAUCAUGGCGGAAAAUCUGACAUCACAAGUUCGUGCCUUUGGUGAGAUCACGGAAGCUGCUACAAGCGGGGAUUUCACUCAAUUAAUUACGGUCAACGCGUCUGGCGAGAUGGAUGAGUUGAAGCAGAAAAUUAACAAGAUGGUUUCGAACCUACGAGACAGCAUUCAACGAAAUACAGCUGCUAAGGAGGCUGCAGAGUUAGCAAAUCGCAGCAAAUCAGAGUUUCUCGCCAACAUGAGCCAUGAGAUUCGCACACCUAUGAACGGAAUAAUUGGAUUGACUCAACUCGCACUCGAAGCGGAUGAUCUUCAGCCAUCUAUUCGCGAAACUCUCAACAUCGUACACACUCUUGGGAAUAGUCUCUUAAGCAUCAUCGAUGACGUCCUCGAUAUAUCCAAGAUCGAAGCGAAUCACAUGGUCAUCGAAAACGUUCCAUUUAGCAUAGGAAAUACCGUUUUUAGCGCACUGCGGACAUUGGCUGUCGAAGCAAGCGAGAAAAUAAUCAAAUUGGUAUAUGAAGUGGAAGAAGGGGUUCCGGAUUUCAUUGUUGGGGAUGCUUUCCGUCUCCGCCAAGUGAUACUCAAUCUACUCGGCAACGCCAUCAAAUUCACCGAGCACGGUGAGAUUCGGGUUGCAGUUAGAAAGGCGGUCGGGAAGAUAUGCAGUGCUGAUGAGUACGCUUUUGAAGUAUCAGUUUCCGAUACGGGUAUCGGUAUUGCAGCCGAUAAGCUAGGUGUCAUUUUUGAGAAAUUCCAGCAGGCGGACGGCUCGACAACAAGGCGAUUCGGUGGCACCGGGCUGGGUCUUGCCAUUUCAAAAAGAAUCAUCAAUCUGAUGGGCGGAGAUAUGGCUGUCACGUCUGAGGUUGAUGUUGGAAGUACUUUCUCCUUCACUUUCAUCUCGAAGUUGGUCGAUGCAUCGUUCGUUGCCUCGGAGCAGGACACUCCACAUAAGGGUCGCCGUAUUCUUUACAUCGAUAAAGGAAGCAACACAGAUCAGCCUAUCCAACAUAUGCUGGCCGACCUCGGUUUCGUACCGGAUGUAGUAACCGACGAGAGGUAUUUCGCAGAGACUUCAGCUGAGCUCCGUGGGCCAGGGUUUUAUGAUGCCGUCCUGAUUGAUGCGUUGGAGGUCGCGAUGACUUUGAACGCUCUUGGCACUUUCCCAUUCAUCCCACUUGUCUUGGUUCGCCCAAGCGUAUCAAUUGUCCUUAAGUCUGCCCUGGAUUUAGGUAUAGCAUCAUGUGUGACAACUCCUUGUCGUUCAAUUGACCUCUGGAACGGUAUUCUGUCGGCCCUUGGCAAUCGACCAACGCGCAUAGCCAGCGGAUUCACCCGUCCAUUAACUGUCUUGCUCGCGGAAGAUAACGAGAUUAAUCGAAAAGUGGCUCUGAAGAUACUAGGAAAGUUCAAUCACAGUGUAACUGUGGUGGAAAAUGGCCAGGAAGCUUUGGAAGCAUUCAAGAAGCAACGGUACGACGUUGUUCUUAUGGAUAUUCAAAUGCCUGUCAUGGGAGGAUUUGAGUCUACCGUGAAGAUCCGGGAGUAUGAGAAAGACAACAGCUUGCCACGUACUCCCAUCGUGGCACUGACUGCUCAUGCUAUGUUUGGUGAUCGUGAAAAAUGUCUCGAUGCAGAUAUGGAUGACUAUCUCUCGAAACCAAUUGAUCAAAACCGACUGAUACAGGUUAUCCAGAAGUACGACAGCUUCGGCCUGCAUACGUGCGGAAAGCUUCCGUCAAGAACUGGUCAUCGACUCCAGGUCGCAAAGGAUGAACGGCUGGGGAAUUGGUGCUUGAUCCUGGAGACUUCCUGGCGAGAAACGGGGAUGGAAGACGACAAGACAACGACGGCUGCAGAUAUCUUUGGUAGAGCAGCAAGUUCAGGGUAGGGGCACUCGAGCUCUCGUUUCUUACACGAGCAGGGUAGCUUAGAUAUUGCUCACAGCGCUGAUCGACCUGGCGGCUGACUAGGGGAUUAACUGGGGUGAAAAAUGUUGAUGAUGAAGACCUCCAUAAGAGGGAGUGUAAACUUUGACGAGUAGGAAACUAUUGCAC